GGAUGCUUAAUAUUCAUGUUCAGUGGUAUGUUUGUGAAGAGCAGGCAUAAAGCCAGUAUAGCUGUCUACUUUGAUCAGAGUUUGGGUAGAUGUAAUGAAGUGUUUGAGGAAGAACAUGCUAAAGCUGGGCAAGACCAGGUUCAUACAAAGGACCAAACCUCUUUAAAAGGACCUGUGUCCACAACGACCGUCAUAGACAACAAGAAUGGAUCAGUUCCUGUGCCGCAUAUGAAAAUGUCCAAAAGAUCGGUAUCAGAAGAUUUUGCAACAACCUUCAGUUCACCUGCAGCAUGGCUCCUUGUUGUUGCUCUUAUCGUUACCUGGUCAGCAGUGGCUAUUGUCAUGUUUGACUUAGUGGAUUACAAAACCCUGGCAGGGCAGUCUAUAAACAAGCUCACCACUGAUCCAUUCAGAAUCAUGCAUGGUGCUGUGGAAGAGAGCACCAAUUCCAUUUAUGGCUUUCUUUCUUUACUGUCAGACCUCAUAUUUGAAGAUGAAGAUGAGAAUGGAAAAGGUGAAGGAGAGCCAUCCCUGAAAGUAAAAGAAGAAAUCCAACCACCAGUCAAAAAGAAAGAAAUCCAGAUAGACAAGGCUGAAAAAAUAGAGAAAGUAGAAAAAAAGCCAUCCCCAAAAGAAAUUCAGAGAGACAAAACUGAAAGGGAAGAGAAAAUAGAAAAGAAACUACCGCUCAAAGAAAUUCACAAAGAGAAACCUGAGAAAUAUGAGAAGCCUAAAAAAAUAGAGAAGACCAAAAAGCUUGAAAAAGUAGAAAAACCUCAAAAAAGGGAACUUACUAAAGUGAUACAUAAAGAAAAACCUGAAGAACAUGAAAAAGUUGAAAAAAGAGAAAAACCUGAAAAGAAAAGCAAAUAUGAGCAACCUGGA